GUUUCUUCGGCCGCAAUAAUAUUGUUGUUUUUGUCGCAUAAUUAAGUAGAUACCCAGGCGUAUAUUUCUCGCUGUCAUUACUGCAACAUCAGUAACCAAACCGUGUGCCCUUGCACAGUGUCCUGAACGCGGCGAUUAUUUUCGAAACGGUUAUCUUUCAGUCAUUCAGUUUUUUCGAAAAUUUAUAAUAUUUAUCAAUAUAUUGCAUACGUUUGUUGUUUCAAAUCGACGAGAAAAUGAGGUAUAAAAAACUAUUUUUUCAAAACAAAGGAUUUUUACACUAAAUUCGAACAGUUAUAUUUUUUACAUGGUUUAUGGUGUUAGUACCUUUAAGUGAAGAUUUUUAAACACGUUUAUUUUAAUAGAAUUGUAAAAUCCGGUAUUAGCAGUGUUGAAAUCCAUCCAGAUAAAUUAAUUUAGAUAUUUUUCAUUUUUUAUUUAAAUUAAUAUCGAAAGAUUAGUGGGCCUCACCGAGAGAAACUCGUGUGGAAGCCCAGGGUUAUCUUAGUUUACAAAUAAUUCUUACUGACAUUAUAUGUAUAUAUUACAUUUUUAUACAAAGACAAACAAGGAAUUUUUCAUAGUAAAUACAUAAAUAAUUUCGGUAACAUUACACGCAUUAUUUUAGUAUGUUAAAUAUUCAGUUUUAGACACAGUAAAUUCAUAUCGGAGCCAACGGAAAUUAUUUUUUUGAAAAUGGAUAGCGGUACAUUAGCUACAUCACUGGGCAUUAAGUUAAAUAUUUGAGUCUCCAGAAAGUAGAAAACUUUACGGCAACUAGUUUUUGUGGGCCAGUCUAAGGAAAAACUACUAGCAGUAUAAUAUCUGGUGCUGACCCCAUGGUUUAUAAGAUCCAACUGAUUAUUUUUUUUUCAGAUAUAUGGUCAUUGUUUUUAUGUAUAGAGCUCUAUAUUGAAGACAUUAAAGUCUUCGAAUAGUUUUUCGAAUGGAUAUUUCCAAUUUUUUUUGUUUGCAAUCCUGAGUAUAGUGUUUUGGCAUUUUUGCAGCAGUAGAAGAGCAUUGUUAUAUGCACCACUUCACCCAAUUAUACCAUACGAUAUUAGAGACUCAAAUAGUAUCAGGUAUAUAGUUCUAAUGUCUUCUUUGAAAAGCAAUAUCUCACGUAGUUCUUUCUUUAGAUAUAAUUUGUUUACCUAUACUAUAUUUUAACUAGAUGAAAAUUAUGAUAUGUCAUUGAUGGUAAAACAAAUAAUAAUUGUUUAGUCAUUAUUACUUAUUAGUAACUAUGUAUAGAAUAAAUAUACUUGAAAAAUAAAAAUCCUAUGUUUUACCAAUAGUAGAAAAUAAUAAAUUACUGUAUAAGUUUUACGUAUUUAGUUAUUUGAAUUCGAAAUUGCUACUGAACUAUCUAUAGGUAUUUGCACCAAAGUUUCGUUAACAUAAUUAUUUUAACAGUUUAAAUUUUUAUCUCUUUGCUGUAACGUUCUCGAAAUUAUAGUUCUCAACAAUAAAAAAAAGGAAAAAGAAAAUAUAUACAUACUUCCAUCUCGAUAAAUUCCACAUUUCUAAGAUAAUUUCAAUAAUUGUCAUCCUUCGAUCUUUUUCUGUAGGUAUCUAGAACAUAUCUAUUAUAAGCAAUUAUCUUUCACCUACAUCUAGAUAAAUUGAACUUACCUGAUGCGUCUUAACACUGUAGGCCCCGUUGCAGGUGAAGCCAUACAAUUUAUGAUAAUAUUUCGCUCCACACAUUUGCCUGCAUUUUUGGAACCACUGGUUUAAAUGCCAUUUGAUUUUAUAGCGUUACAUACACGGACGGGUAUACUUACGGUAAUACUUUAUUGAGUUGUUUACUUACAUAAAAAAUAGGAACAAAAAUUAAUAGUUAUAAAUAAAACGCAACGACAUGUCAUUGAAUUCCAAAGUUGACGAUACCGUUUUGUUAUAGCCCGCACGCGUCGGUAAUCGCAUUAAAUUUUUUCUUUUUUUCUUAUCUGUACCAUUUUCGUUGUCGCGUAAUUUUCAUGUAGCUAUAGGAUUGUUGCCAUCGCCGCUAUUCGUUACUAUUAUCGUAAUAGUUCGUGUUUUCGUAGUCCGAAUUGCGAUCGUCCAACACAUUGACGAACAGUACCGAUAUCUAUGAGCAGUACUUACACAUCGUGUAUUAGCGUCACGCUUGCGUUUAUAUAAUAAAGAGGUAGCGUAAAACUUAGUUGAUUUUUUUGGCAAAGUUUUGGAAAAAUAAAAGAAAUGUUAAUUUUUUUCCAAAGAAAUGUUUUUAAUAAUUUACGCGUUUCAUUGUAUAGUGCUAACGAAAAAUCGAGCUGAUUAUUAUGUUUCUAUAUCAAAAGUAAUGGAUAAUACAUUUUUCAAUAAUAAUAUGUGACCGAAACAGUCACUGCAGUAUUUCGUUAGCAAUCGCAACGGUUUUACAAAAUGUAAUGUCUGCGCCGACCAGCACAGGUUAUAAAUCGAAAAAAAAGUAAAAACUAUUUGUAUUUAACUACGUAAUUUAUUUAAUUUAUUUUUAUUCUCGUCUUCCAUAAUAAAUAUAUUCGCGGCCUUACAUUGUUACUUCGAAACGCAUAAUCUUUGUGAAGUUACCCAUAUUUCACUUUGAAUAACUAUAUAAACUUAAUUAAAUAUUAUACACUUUAAACAUAUACCAAACAGUACCGUAAAACAUAUUUUUGGUUAAUGAAAACUUUAUCUUUUAUCAAUAUUCAGAAUAGCUACUGAUACAACGAUGCAGAACACGGCCCCAUGCAGUAAAACGAGCGAAAUUCGUUCGGAAAUUCAAUCGUUUUACAACGACAAGACAAUAUUUUUGACGGGCGCCACCGGAUUCAUCGGAAGUUUGAUUCUGGAAAAAUUGUUGAGGUAACUAUAUAGUAACUAUAUAUUACGUUAUAAUAUUAAUAUUUCAUCGCUUGAAUUUAUAAUAGUAAUACAUUAAACCAUUUAUAUUUGUGAACGAUACACUACAAACAUGUUUAAAAUAAUAAUUGUACAGAAUUCAUUAUCCUUAAGCGAAAAGUUUUUUGUUAUAAAUGGUCGUUAACCCGAUAUUGGAUUUUUUUUUUUAUCCUUUUUAGAACUUGCACGGGAAUAAAACGUAUUUACAUUUUAAUCAGAGAGAAGAAAGGGAAAACACCAGAAGAACGGUUCACUGAACUAUUCGAAGGCCCUGUAAGUAUUUAGCAUAUAAUUAUAUUAUAUAAAUAUUUUGAUCAAUCGAUCGUUACGUUUUUUUACUUAGAGAAUCUCCCUGUGAUAUUAAUUUCCUUUGGAAAAUAUUAAAAUUUAUAAUUUGGCCUAAAUCAACAUUUAAGGUAUUUAUAGGUACAUAAUAGUUAUAUAAUUCAAUUUAAAAUAAUUUAACCGGUUUUUUUCAUUUCCGUAUUCAUAAAAUAAGUUAAACAAUUAUUAUUCUUAUUGUCGACACGUAUUAUUAUUAUUUUUUUUUUUUUUGAAUAAAUAAUUAGUAUAGGUAUAAAUUACGUUUUUUUGGUCCUAUUUCCAUUAAAAUAGAACACAACAAAUUAAUAUGCGAACUCGAUAACUUAUAAUUAUACAGUAUACAUACUUAUUGACAAUUAAAUUAUCAUUGUAUAUUAAUAAAUAGUUACAUGUAAUAGAAUACAGACCUACAGUAAUUGCAUUUUUCUAAUGUUAUACAAAUUGUUUUUAGAAAUUGAUCAAAUAUCUGCAAAUUGAAUAUAUUUUUUAUAAAUUAUAUCAUAAAGCAAACAUAUUAUUUUAGUUUCUAAGUGUAGCGAAGAAACUCAGUUUUCGAACACUUUUAGUAAAUUUUUUUUCGGUUUGAAAAAUUCUCCGAUUUUUUUUAUGCCAUAUCUUAAAGGAUUAAAAUAUACUUUUCGUCCGGUCGUAUUUUAUUGGAACAAUUUUCUUUAAAAUUCACAAUUUACCCUAAAAUAUUAAAAAAAAAACUGAUAACAAAUGGUUGAUAUGUUUUUUCUAUUUUUGUUAAUUUCUGAUAAGUCAACCUAAUCUAAAAUUGGCUACAAGGUAAAUAACUACAACCAAUAACUUUUUUAUGAUUGCAAUAAUUUAUCAUUGCUUUCACUAUAUAUAUACAUUUAAUUAUAAUUCUAUAUAAUUUCAUAACUUAAUACAAAUUGGAAACAUUAUGAAUGAAUUAUACGUGAAAUAUAAUUCCAGGUAUUUGAGUUGGUGAAAAAUAAAGUUCCCGACUAUUUGAAAAAGAUCACGGCUGUAAUCGGCGAUUGCGCACUGCCGGACUUGGGGAUCGGAGAACAGUAUCGAGAGAUUUUCAAAUACGAAGUAAUAAAAGCAAUAUAAAUACAAAUAAGAUAUUAUAUACAGAAUGAUUUACUAAGCAUGCUCGCCCAUUUUUUAGGAUUAAAUUUUGAAUAUUUUAUUCAAAUACUUAGACGUUUCACGACAUUUAAGGAGUAUCGUGUGGGCGGUACCGUCUUUAGUUUUUCAAAUAAGAACCUACAUACAAAAUUCCAUAAAUAAACAGAGCAUUGAUUUAAAUAAAUUUUGAUGUCAACAAUUUUUAAAUUUCCAUCAACCCGUUAACGAAAUAUUUCACUUGCAAGUUCAGGUAGGGGAGAGUAGUGGAGUAUCAUUUGUAUGACACGGCACGCAGCAUUUUAUUAGGGCUACUCUCCCACUACCUAAACUUAAAAAUGAAAUAACUCGUCAACGGGUUGACGGAAAUCGAAAAUUUUAACACUAAAAUGUAUUUAAUGUAAUACCUACUCAAACUAUUUAUGGAAUUUUUAAUAUAGGUUCUCAUUUGAAAAAACCGAAAUCAGUAUCACCACAAGCUACUUCUUAAAUGUUGUGAAAAAUCUGAGUUUUCAAAAAUAUUGGCUUUAACUACACUUCAACAUUCCAUCAGAAAUAUUAUGACUGGCCUCUUAUCAAUUUUCUGAAAACUGUAACUCUCCGUUUUUCGCCAAUACCUCGAUAACAGACAACUGUCUUAAUUCAAAAUCAAAUAUAUUACAAAUGCGUACCUAGCACAUACAUAUCACGCAACCCGCGUCACUGGUUUAUUUCGAAUACCGACAAUGACAGAUUACGUGUUAGAUGAUAAGGAUACAAUUAAUUGCGAGGACAAAAAUAACCAAAAACACGUAUAAAACGUAAAUAUUAUUCAGUGUUUAUUCCAUAUUGCUUCGCUAUUAAAGCGUCGUACAUUUUUCUCUUUUCGUUUUAAUAUGUUCUUUGCAAUGUCACCUACCGUAGCUGUCUAUUACGGACACCUGUCUAUGACAUUUAUUAUGGUCCCGUAACUGUCCGCUAUACUCACUGUAUAUGCGAAAUUUAACUAGAAAACAAAAUAGAAUAAGCACGCUUAGUGAAUCAUCCUGUAUAUAGUUUGUCGACACAUUUGAAUGCUUAAAGUUUAAUAUUAAACUUAACUAUGUUACAAGGUAAACAUAAUUCUUCACUCCGCCGCAACCGUACGGUUCGACGAACAUUUGCGAAAAGCAGUACACAUCAAUAUAGGUUCCUUGCAAUCCAUGAUAAAACUAUGCAAAGAGAUGAAACACUUAAAAGUAAUUUAUUCGAAUUUUAAUCUCUCAUGCGGAAUCAAACUUUAAUUAUUAUUACGUUUACAGUCUUUCGUUUACAUUUCCACUGCUUAUUCGAACUGCGCCGGUAGGAAAGUCGUUGAAGAAAUGUUCUACAAACCACCGUUAUCUGGUGACCAAAUCGUAAAACUCGUAAACAUUCUCGAGGACGAGCAAAUUGAAAGAAUUACGCCGUCGUAAGUAUAGUAAAUAUAGGGCCAGAACAGCUCUCCAAGAACCUUAACCUUAACACGACUUCCUUUAAUAUUGAUGAAAAUAAAUAUAAGUAAAGGUUAUUGAUGAAAGCUUCUAAGCUCCCACAUUGGAUAUUUGAUUUUCCCAGGGGUUUACAUAAUAAAUAGGAAAACCUAGGAAAAAUGUUGGUAGGAAUAACUGGAAAAUUUACCAAAUGUGUUAUUUUCAACUCGUAAAUACGAGUAUUACGGACUUUCAAAGCAUGUAUAACCAAACUCCGCUCAAAAUCGUUUUUCGUUAGCAAAGAUUAAUUAUUGCGUACAGAUAUAAGCACAUUAAAUUCCCCUCUAUAUCCUUCCUAAUUUACCAUCUACAACAGUGGCUCACCAAUCGUGCGAAAUAUGGCCGUAUUUUUCUUUCAUUCUAUAUCUCUAUAAAAUAAUUUAUUAUUUAUACUAAAAUUUUAUUUAUUUAUUUAGGCUAUUAAACGAAUUUCCAAAUACGUACACGAUUACGAAGGCUAUUGCCGAAUAUGAAAUAUUUACCCACGGUAAAGAAUUGCCCAUCGGAAUUUUAAGGCCUUCGAUGAGUGAGUAUAAAGUAUACAAUAGACAUAUACUCGUUUAAAUUUUCUCUCAGGCUAUAAAAAAAAAAAAAUAUAUAUAGCCAAAAUUUAUCUCAUAUUAUCAAAAUAAUAUAUUACUUAACUUCUUCCCUAGUGCAUUUAUUUCUUUUUUUAUUUUUGAUUAUUAUCAUUGUCUAGUUACCGCCACGGAAAACGAACCUUUACCCGCGUGGAUCAAUAAUUUCUACGGGCCAACCGGAGUGACCGCGGCCAUCGGCUUAGGUCUUAUGAGGGUAAUGAGAGUCGAUCCCAACAAAAUAGCCGACAUCGUUCCCGGGGACUAUGUCAGUAAUGCAGUGUUGGCCUGCGCUUGGGACAUUCACAACAAAUGGUAAUAAUACACCUGAUGAGGUAAUAAUUCAGUUUUUCAUAAAUUUCGUACAAUUCGUUUUCUUCAUCUUAACUACCAAAACCAUUAUGUACAAAUCUAAUCGCCUGAUUUCCAAUUAGAAUUUAGAUUUCUUUUUCACACAAUGUCCCCACUUAAACUUAAGCUUCCCUAAAGGUCUUUUUCUCAUAGAGUUUUCUUCAAUCGCCUACCUAACUAAAGAUCCUUAAUCCAUGUACGACACACCAACAUUAGUCAUAAUGAUUCCUUAUGUAUCUCUGAUAAUGAUAUCUUUAACUAUAUUAGACCUUUGGAACUAAAUUUAAAGUUUAAUAUCAUGCACUCUAUUAAUUAGUUCGACUAUCAAAGAUAAGGCAAUAAAUUACCCUUACAAGUCCGAAAAAAUUUAAAACGUAAAUAAUGCCCAGUUAUUUAAAAAUCUCAAGUUAGAAUGUAUUUGAAGCUAUUAGAAUUGGAAACAAUUAAAUUGUUUUUUAACAAACUAGUCUAAAAUAAUAAGAUUUCGAAAAUAAAUAACUGUUCAAAAGUCUGUGUAGGGAUUUCCAGCAAGACGACUGGACUGUAACUAACUGUAAUUUUAAAGUUUUUUUAUCUUUUAUGCAAACAAUUAAAAAAUAAUUCGAGAUUUUACCAACUAAAUCUCACAAAACAUUUCACAUCUCUAUACGAGAUGCAAAACAAAAUAAUCAACGAUCACGGAAAAUUACAAUCCAAGUAAAUUUAAAGUAUAAAGUAAAUUUAUACGCGUAAAAAAAUAUUUCGCUUAGAAUUGUACAAAUGCAUUUGUAUAAUUAAUAGGAAAGAGCACAACGUCAAAUACAAUACAGCCAAUAUGAAGGAUAAAAACGACAGUACUUCGGAACCGAAGAGUUUCUCACCACCCAUUUACAAUUACGUGUCUUCCAAUACAAAUCGACUUACGUGGCGAGAGUUUUCCAGAUACAAUCAGAUACACGUUCAGGCUACGCCCAGUGUAAAGUCGGUGAGUUUGCUGCGGAGCGUUUUUAAAUAACAAAAAAAUUGGUUUUUUUUUUAUUUUUUAGUACUGGCCGAUCAUGUUGUGGAUGUCCCAGAAUAAAUACGAGUAUGCGAUUAUGUGUUUCCUAGUGCACACUAUACCAGCAUAUAUUGUCGACUCCGUGGCUAAACUCGCGGGAAAGACGCCCACGUACGUGUGCCUUUCAAUAAUAUAAUACAUGUACACGGGUAAUAAUUGGGUACGGCUUUAGAUCUUAGGCGAAGCGAAGAAUGUAUUAGUUUUACCAUGACGUUUAUUAUUUAUAUCUGUAAAUAAAUUUUCUAAAAAAAAUCUUGAUCCAAUCAAAAACUUCAUAAAAAUAUUAAUGUAGCAUUUGUGAUCUAGUUGAUUCAUACACAGGAAAAACUCGAAAUUGUUUGAACCAUGGGACGGGAAAGGUGUUUUUUUAACUUUUCACACCCCUGCAGCCCCCUCCGAUACAAAUAAAAUCUGGAGAUUAAAUUUUGCAUAUGUUAAUUGUAAAUAUUAAUGAUGUAUCUUUGAGAGUUUCAAAUUUUAACACUUUCUCCGACAGUUUUUAAGCUUAUAUUUCACGUAUUGCAUAGAAAAAGCCUGAUUUUAAAUACUCAAAUAGACUGCAAUGUAAUAAAAAUCUACCUAUAAUAAUUAUUUUUGAUAAAUUAGGUAUACAAAUUUUUAAAAAAUGAAAUAUUAUUUGGUAACAAGUUGGCUGGAGGAAAAUUCGACCGGUGAUGGAGAUAUACCACUCAUAUGUUUUAUUAUUUUUACAGAACAAUGGCGACAUACAAAAAACUACAUAAAUUCGUCAACGUCACAAGCUAUUUUAGUUUAAGAUCGUGGACGUUCCACGAGACGAACACUAGAUCGUUGUUGAGCAAAAUGUCCAAGUUUGAUCAGUCUUUGUUCCGGUUCGACAUAGCCAAAUUGAAUUGGAAUGAUUAUUUCACGAAACACGUCAAGGGUGUUCGUGUAUACAUUCUCGGAGAUCCAUUGGAAACCGUGCCGGCAGGAGUGAAACACGUGAGAAAGUAAGUUACAGUCGGAGUUUUUAUUUUCUCGUGAUUUUAUUUCAUUUUUAUUUUUUUAGAUUGUAUAUGGCUCAUUACACGUUACUGGCGUUUCUAUCCAUACUGCUCUUAUUGGUAAUUUAUGGGCUGUUCUACUUGUUAACGGUUUAAUUGUCCCGUUUCCUAAAUAACAAUAUAUUCUGUAAAUUUAGAUAUAGAUACGAGGUUUAUUGAUAUAUUCGUAUUUAAUCUUUGUAAAAUGACAUUUUAUCAAUUAUUUGUGUGUAUUUGUAUAUAAAUAUAAUAUUAGUUUUUAAGAGAGCUAACUGUUGUAUAUUAUUUGUACAUUUAAAGUUAAUGUAAUUUGUUUG